AUGCCACCCAAAGACAACAACAGCAACAACAACAACAACAAGGAGAAAACUCAGCAACAACAGCAACCAGCGUCAGAGGAGCAGCCAGCUACAGAUGGAAUCAAGAGCAAGAAGCCUGCUGGAGCACCAAAGCGACAAAAGAUCGUCAAGGCCUGCAAAGAUUGCCGACGAAGAAAGGUCAAAUGUGACGGUGCAAUGCCCUGUGGUACAUGUCGAAGAUCAUCGAUAGACUGUAUAUUUGAAUCAACAUCACCAAAGAGAGGAGCAACAAAGCAUUAUAUUGAAUCAUUGGAGAAUCGAAUUCAUGUGAUUGAAAGAGCGCUAAAUUCGUUGGGUGGUCCUACAAUGCAAAUAGUAGAAGAGGCUGUGCGUAGGCAACAGUUGGUGGAUGAAAGUGGAGUACAAGAGGGACAACAAGCCAUCUUGCCUGAAGAUCGAUUCAUCCUGAACGAUUUGGGCAGUCCUGGCUACAUGACAGACAUCCAAUCUUCCAUGAUGUACAGCCAUAUCCACGAUUCCCAAUCUUCCAAUUCAUCGCCAUCGCCAAAGAGCAUCCACAAUCUAUCGACAUCCAGAGAGGACAUUGAGAUUGAGCAGUACCUGAGCCAGAUUCAGCCCUAUUUUCCUCUCUUUGUGCCAAAUUACCUGAAUCGCCAGUACCAUCAGCAUGAACUACCCAGAAUACUCAUUUAUGCGAUAUGCGCACUUGGAUCACACUUUCAGCAAAAUGGCGAAGAAGAGAACUACUAUCAAAAGGCCAUGAUGUUGCUGGAUGAGUCGAUUGGCAGACCGACCAUUGCCAUUGUUCAGACAUUGCUGCUGCUGAUCAAGUACAUUGAAUGCAAAAACAAUGCAUUUUACUUUGAAAAGAUCAAAAGCCUCAUGCUCAGAACCAUCGAAAUGUGCAAGAUACUAAAGUUGCAUCAACAACUUGUGAUCAAUAACAAUAGUCCCGAUCCUGAUGCUGAGACCAAAAGAAGAGCUUUUUGUAUGGUAUUCUACUAUAACACCCUUAUAUGUGUGGAGCAAGGCAUUGAAUCCACCUUUAGCAUCACUUCGCUGGAUGCUCUGUUACCGUCUAUGGAAGAAUCGAGUUCUAUUGAAUGCCUGAGAUACAUGACAUCCUUCUCGUUCACACUGUUGCAAAUUCAUCAGCACAUCCAUCGUGUAACAUCGCGACAGAAUCUGCAAAAUGAUAGACGCAGCGAAAACCAAAUCACCGAAGAAAACAUGGCGCUGCUCCAUCUCCAAGUCAUGAUUGAGAAUGAUCUGAUCCACCUACCAGCUCACCUGAACUACAACAAUACAGGCAAACUGCAGCAGUAUCCAUUUCCAGCAGCUGAAGAGGAAAACAACUGUAUUAAUGUAUCACCCAUGACGAGACUUCUCCACAUGUUGUAUCACUUGAACGUGAUACUAUUACACUUACAUUAUUUCAUGUAUCCAUUGCCACAGGGUGCAAAUAUCGAGACAACACAUUACCCACACAGACAGAUGUGUAUUUCAAGUGCCUCCAUCAUGACGAGACUAGUCGAAGGCCUAUUAUUAGACCAGAAGCAAUCAUUCAGAUAUGCCCCUGGCGGCUUACAAUUCGUAAUUCACUGCAUUACAUCUGCACGAACAGUCCUUCAUACCGAAACUCUGCUGGCAAAGGAUGCCAACACCAGCAAGGUUUACUUUGACGAAUACCAGCGAUGUGCUCAGCUUGUGCAGCAGUUUUCGUCCAUCUCGCCAUCCAACGAUCUACGCUUGCUGGACUUUGAUAAUGCCUCAUCCACAUCACCUUCGCCUAUACUGACGUCGUCGUCCUUCAACUCAUCGCCCACAGGCCUGUUUCCUAGCACAAGUGCCGCUGACACACCGAUGGCGACAAAGCAGCGCAGAAACACCAUUUCUGAUCGACCCUAUCCGCAAAGAAACCCUUCUUAUCCAAUCGUAGUACCUCAAUCCUUACUGCAGUCUUCAAGCACUGAUGUGAAUCAGUUUUCUAUACAUCACCAGCCAUUACACAAUAUUCAUGCAACACCACUUCAUAUUCAUCAGUCGCCCAUGCAUGCUGCCACUGUGCCUCCCAUGACGGGCAGAACAUUGAGGGGCUCCACACAGUCAUGUCAAGACUUGCGGUCCAUGAACAGACUACACAAGACCAUGGCUAGCAGUACCUCACCGCAACAACAGCAUUUCAACGCCUCGUUUACGCAGCAUCGUAAGCCAGUGUCAUCCAUCAUCUCUUCCAGCACUGCGAGUACAGCACCAAGCCCUUAUCGUCAUUUCGGUGCUGGAAACAACAAUGGAAGCGUUGUUAGUAAUACCAGCAGUCGAAAUGUAUCGCCUAGCUUACCGUAUGGCAAACCUAAUUAUCACCACGGUGCUACAAACGAUGCACUGAUUCCAAUUGUCCCACCUCAUCCCUCCCAAUCAGCAGGAUUCCCUAGACAACAGCAGCAGCAAUCACAGUCGCAAUCACAGCCAGGAAAGAUUAGACGGAUCAAGAAGAGUGUAUCGCACCAUGGAUUAUCAAACACAUAUCAACGCCAACAGCAACAAAUGCAGCAGCAGCAGCAGCAGCAGCAGCAGCAGCAAUAUCAGUUAUAUCAGCAGCAGCAACAGCAACAGCAAUAUCAAUUCCAACAACAAUUUAGCCAGCUAUUCUAUACCCCAUCUCCACAACCACAGUUAUCCCAACAUCACCAACAACAACAACAGCAGCAGCAGCAGCAGCUCCAUCGUCCAUACCAACCUAGCUACGAUGAUGGCAUGAAGCUUGCUUCUGAUGUUGUUGUCGAUGAUUUCUCCAUGAAUGUUGAUUUGAAUUUUCUUAAUGCCUACCCUUUAACCACCAAUGAUGACCAUCUAGGAUCAAGAUCUGAGGGUCAUCAACUAUUAUAA